GUAAGGUACAGUGCUGUGCCGUCCAUUCCAUCAUGUUGCCUCUUACUUAUUAGCAGCCCGGCUCGCAAGAACAGGAUUGCUAAGACAGGAACCUUAAUUGCCUGCCUCAUGGCCCCCAAUCGGCGAGGAUCAUAAUAUCCGCCCAGAAUUUCCCUCUGAGGUCCUGCUGUCAUUUCCAUCUGUCACCUCUAGACCAACCCUAGCGGAGGCCAUGAUGGAACCACGGAGGACAUGGUCGACGGCGAGAGCCUUGCUCUCACUCUUAGCCUGUGCCGGCGGGUUACUUCCCGGCGCUCGAGCAGACCCGACGUGCUACGACAUACGGGGGAACGAAGAUGCAAACCAGCAGCCGUGCUAUGGGCCCGACGCGACAGACUUGAGCGCGACAACAUGGUGUUGCAACAAGAGCGACUUUUGCUUGUCUAACGGCCUGUGUCUGAGUCCAGCGUCCAACAAUCUCAUGACACAACAGGGAUGCACAGACAAGGACUGGGGCGAAGGAUGUCAACAGUUUUGCCCAGCCCCGAGCGAUACAAACCUACCAGCCAACAACGUCCCAUUGGUCCCCUGCCCGGGAAGCGCGGCGAGCAACGCUGCCAAUUUCAAGUUCUGCUGUGGGCCAGACGCCGCCUCAUGCUGCUCUUCAUCUCUGGGACAAUACAUUCCGCAGGGCACCGUCAUCCGCGUGCCGGCAGACCUUCCGCUAAGGACCACCAGCAGCUCCUCAGACAGCUCCGCAGCCACCCUCCGACUAGGCCUGGGCAUCGGCCUGGGACUGGGCCUGCCCAUCCUCCUCGCGCUGGUGACAAUAUGCUACCUCCUCUUCCAACGCCGCGGGCCCAUUAACUUCCGCACACGCGACAGCAACAACCACGACGAAAACGACGACCGCCGCAGCGAAGACUUGGACGAAAAGAACCCCGCUGGCAUCCACGGCCGGCGCGGUCGCCGCCGCGGCCGCAGGCGGGAAACCCCAUCCCGCCAGACCGCAGCCCGAGGGAGAAGGGACUCGUUUGGGCGGGUGGACACGACGGUGGGCCCGCCCAGCGACGACGGAAACUGGCCGCCGACGGAUCCGAACGCCGCCUGGCCGCCGGCAGGUCUCGCGGGACUUGGUGGUGCUGGUGGUGCUGGUGGCGGGCCCGGGGGCACCGCGGCGGCGGCCAUUGCCGCGUGGGCGCGUGCACAUGCGGGCGCCGCUGCGGGGGCGUUUGCUCCUGAUCCUAAUGCGCCGUUCGCCAAUAGUGAGACUAUAACUAUGGAUCCGCCGCCGAGUCCCAAGGAGAUUGAUGGCCGGUCGCAGUCGCGGUCGAUGCUGGCGAGGAAUGGGGGUGUGGCUGAGUUGCCGGAUGGGGAGGUGCAUGAUAUGAUGAUGUUGAGGGCGAAUGGACCGGAGGUGCCGUUGCCGGGCCCGGGCGGGUGGGGAAAGGGUGAUGAGGUGGAAUUGCCGGCGCUGGAUAGUGAUUUGGAUGUUGAGAGGGGUGGGGUGAAGGGGGAGAAGAGGUAGACUUGUCCUCUUGGCUGGUGGCUGAUACGGUUUGAGGUGGGGAGUACGGAUCAUGGAUGGUAUCUGUAUUUGUACGAUGGAUGGAAAAGGGAUCGGAAUUAUCGGACUGUGGGUAUCACUGGGCGACUACGACACGUAGGAUGGGCGGUGAUACGGACCAUUUGAAAGGUUUCUGAAGGCUAACUGACUUUCCCGUUUGGGAGAUUCUCUGGUAUCAUUCGUCCAUGACCCCUGAGUCGGACCCUGACUCUACUGAGUCCUUACUGAGUCCUGCUGCCCCAGGCUGAGGGUUACGGCAGGAGCUAUUACCUAUACUUUAACCGUUAUUGGUAUUUGGCGUGCAAAGCCUGUCAAUAUCCACUGUCCUUAGUACUUGCAGUGUGUACUAUCAUCGAAAGCCCAUAAUGGAAAGCCAG